AUGUCAGACAACGAAGACAAUUUUGAUGGCGACGACUUUGAUGACGUGGAGGAGGAUGAAGGGCUGGAUGACUUGGAGAAUGCCGAGGAGGAGGGCCAGGAGAAUGUUGAGAUCCUCCCUUCUGGAGAGCGACCGCAGGCCAACCAGAAGCGAAUCACCACACCAUAUAUGACCAAGUAUGAGCGAGCCCGUGUGCUGGGCACCCGAGCCCUUCAGAUCGCGAUGUGUGCCCCCGUGAUGGUGGAGCUGGAGGGGGAGACAGAUCCCUUGCUCAUCGCCAUGAAAGAGCUCAAGGCCCGAAAGAUUCCCAUCAUCAUUCGCCGCUACCUGCCUGACGGGAGCUAUGAAGACUGGGGGGUAGACGAGCUUAUCAUCACCGACUGA